CAGUCAGCUAGACAGUCAGUCAGCCAGAAAGGAAAAUCACUGUUAUUUCGAUUAUUAAGACGUAAACUCUCUUUAUUAACGUCGUCAUUUCGUGCUGGCUUUGUGUUUCUAUUUGCACACUAACGCAAAUACUGUAAUCUGAUUGGCUGAGCUAUAGUACACUGUCAGCCAUAAGUGUGCAAUGUUUGGUGGUCAUCUUCAACAUGGCCACGUUUUCUCGUUUUUCUGAAGUUUUGGAACUCUUUCGGAGAAAUAUUUAGAACAAUUACUGGGCAUUUACCGUCACUUGACUUGAAAAGCUCGAAGCCGUUGAAAGACUGAUGAUCUCGCGUACACAACUGUAAGUUCCGAAUGACGCUUCCGUUCUGCACGAUCUUGCUAAAGCGUGAAUUUUAAUGCUUCUUGAUAUGAGGAGGAAUCUUUGAAAUCGAUAUCUGAAGGAAAUUGCAUUGUUUGCUCUCUAUUUCUGUGAGCUAAUAAUUGUUUCGGCUUUUGACCUUAUCAACUAUCAGCACAUAGAAAUCUCACGCUCAUGAUCUAAUUGUUAAAUAGAAGAAAAGCUUUCAGCGCGCUUCCUCGCAGAGUUUUUGCUAAUAGAAAACAGAUGCGCAAAAUUGAUUGCCAUUUGACUACCCAACAAAAUUGAGUCUUCACUAUUAUUGUCAAGGGCGUCACCUGUAUCCUUUGUUAAAUAGAAUUUCCGCGACCAAUGAAAUUACUUUUUUCCAAAAGUCCUUGAAAAAGCCUAUUUGUAAACAUGAGGAUGUGUUAAAUUGUUUUCCAAAGCAUCGAGUCUUGCCCUUCGCAUCUGAGCUGCUUUCUUUUUUGUCGCCAUGGAAAAACUCUCUGACGAGCAAAUUGAAGAAUACAAGGACGCCUUCUCGUUGUUUGACCGAGAUGAAAAUGGGAUCAUAACUACAAGGGAACUGGGUUCCAUAAUGCGUUCUCUAGGGUUCAACCCGACUGAGGAAGAACUGCAAACAAUGAUCAAUGAAGUUGAUUAUGACGGAAACGGCGUCAUCGAUUUCCCAGAGUUUGUUAAACUAAUGGAAGACCAGAAGAAACCAGAUGAACGAGAAGCCGACACAAUGCUAGCGUUCAGAAUUUUCGACGCCGAUAACAAGGGCUACAUCGAUUCAGCCGAGCUACGCUACAUUCUAUUAAAUAUGGACAAGAGAAUUCCAACGGAGGAAUUAAACGAACUGAUAGUGAUUGCAGACUUAGAAAGGGACAGAAAAAUAAGUUACCAAGGUGAGUUAUUGGUUUUCAACGCUCGCCGAUCAUUAGCUUUUUCUAAUUGCAGAAAUUACGGUCGCACGUUUAUGAGAGAUUUGUAUUGUCUAAUCUGCGUGGGUGGUGUGUCGAGGGUCGUGUGUCGUAGAUCGUAGGUCGUGCGUGAAGAUAAUGCAAGAUCUUACCAUAUAACUCCAAAUGGUCCAGAUUAUGAGGAGUGCAUUGGAGCAAUUUUCAAUUGAGGGUGGAACCAAUUCAGCUCCAUUCAAGUUUUACAUUUAGGCCCCGUUCACACUACGUGGGAGAAAUUUGAAACGGACGUUACACUCUGAAAACGCACCAAAUGUU